AUGUUUUCAUCGUCUCCAGAAGGAGGUAUCCCGACCCUCAACUCUUUCUCAGGGUCCCCGCCCGUUCCCACAAAGUCCAUAAUAGCGACCGGAGACACCUCAACUCACAGAGGAGAUGCGAUCUGGGAAACGAAUGGCAUCUGUCGUGCCCAGCAGACGAGACGAAGGUCGGUUGAAGCCUCAAUGAGGGAAGCCAGGGGCAGGGACGAGGGGGAACAGGAUCACUCUGGACCCGGAAGCCAUCACAACCCUCGCUCAUGCGUCUGGGGUGGAUCUGAGGACAGGGAGUGGUGCACCGGAAGCCAGAUCUCGGGCCCGCCACCAGCUACUGGCCACUCGGAUUGCACGAGGUCGACGAUGGGGUCGCAUCCACGGUCCACAGCUGGUCAUGUCCCGGUUGGAUGGUACGGUGAUCAGGCCCGCUCUGACCCGUCACGUCGAGUUUUCUCAACCCGGGCGACGCAAACUCGCAGAAGCGAGCGCAGGGGCCAGCAAGAGGCUGAAACUUCAGGUGACGCAGAGGGGUUGGCGCAGGUACAUUUGUCGUUUUCGGCCGUUACACUAAGUACGGCAGAGGAGCCCGCCGAGAUUGCUCUCAAUGACCUUCGAGAUCGGCUGAGGGACCCCGCGAAGCAAGGGUAA